UAUCCAGAUUGUGCAAUAGGAACAAUUUCUAGGAAAGAUCUCGUUGGACCUAAGGGUAUUCCAUUAAUCGGAAAUUUAAUCUCUCUCUUAAGAAGAAAUACAUACGUUCAAUACGAACAAGAAUUGGCAAAUAAAUAUGGUUCACUUUUCACAAUUACAGUUUUACAACAUGGUCGAACUAUUGUCUCAAAUGAUACACAAACAAUAGAACAUGUUUUAAAAACGGAUUUUGAUGAGUAUGGAAAAAGUGAUGACUAUUACGAAAUAGGUUACGAUAUAUUUGGUGAUGGGAUAUUUUCGGUUGAUGG